AUGGCAAGUUCUUAUCCUGGAGCUGUUAGUGCUGUUCAGGUGGGGUCGUACUUUGUGGGGCAGUACUAUCAGGUUCUUCAAAAGCAACCAGAUGUUGUUCAUCAGUUCUACUCAGAAGGAAGUUCCAUUAUCCAUGUCGAUGGUGAUUCCACAGAUUCUGCUUCCAGUAUAGUGCAAAUUCAUACACACAUACUGUCACUACAUUUUACUUCAAUUGAGGUCAAGACAAUCAAUUCUAUCGAUUCUUGGAAUGGAGGUAUUCUUGUGAUGGUUUCUGGUUCUGUUAAAACAAGGGACUCCACUGUAAAGAGGAAAUUUGUCCAGACCUUCUUUCUGGCUCCUCAGGACAAAGGUUACUUUGUUCUCAACGAUAUCUUUCAGUACGUUGAAGAUGGAGUUGUUUUACAACAUCCUGCACCCAUACAGUCAGAAGGCAGAUAUGAUGUGCAACUGAGUGCCUCUAGCCCUCUUCCAGAGCCACCAGUUUCUGACUAUGUUUUCGAGGAAGAGGCAAGGGAGUACAUGAACUCUGUUGAUAUAGAAGAUGAUCCAGUUGACAAGUAUAGUCUCCCAGAGCAACAGGUGCAGCAAGAUUAUGAGACUGAAGUUGUGGUGGAGGAAACUCCUGCAGAGGAAACAUAUGCUUCAUUUCAAAGCGUGGUGAACACUGUUCAAGAAACACCUGCUGUUUCUGUGGAGGAACCGGUGGGAGAGCCUGAAAAGAAAACUUAUGCUUCUAUAUUGCGAGUUGCUAAAGGGCCAUCUGCACCAGCAAUAACUCCACAAUCUUAUUCCAGAAGUGCUCAAGCUCCUUCAGAAUGGAAUUACACGCCUCAGCCCACUGUUGAACAAUCCAACUCUGCUCUAUCGUUUGUGCCUGAGUCUGGGGCAGAAGCAGCAGAGGAAGGUUACGCGCUAGAGGAAGAAGGUGAAUUGAAAUCCGUCUAUGUAAGAAACUUGCCUCCUACGGUUACUGAAGAUGAGAUCGAGCAGGAGUUUAAGAACUUUGGUCAAAUUAAACCUGAUGGGGUCUUUGUUAGGGCUCGCAAGGAAAUUGGAGUUUGCUAUGCUUUUGUUGAAUUUGAAGACCUUGUUGGCGUUCACAAUGCACUCAAGGCAUCUCCGAUUCAGUUGGCUGGAAGGCAAGUCUACAUUGAGGAGCGGAGACCAAACAGCACUGGAGCUGCUCGAGGAAGAGGAAGGGGGAGAGGCAGAGGCAGUUACCAACCUGAAGCCACAAGGGGGCGUUUUGGUGGCCGGAGUUCAGGCAGGGGUAGUUACCAGGACGGUGGAGAUUACAGCAGAGCAAGAGGCAAUGGUUUCCAACAGCGUGGCACACGAUGA